CAGACAGGCGGCAGCCCUCAGAAAGUGGGAAGUUUUCGCCAAAGGAUUCUGUCUAAAAAUUAAUCACCUUCAUGUCGACUCUGUUGGAUACUAACCCGCCGAUGCUAUGGUUACCUUUAUUACGAUCUUACAGGUGAAUCUAGUGAUGUCCAUCCUGCUGUAUGUGAUGGUCCUCGUGUACCUCUAUGGUAUCCAGGCAACCAACAUGGACAGCAGUCACCAGGGGCAACAGCAGCAGCAGCCAAGUCCAGACCCCUUAAACUCUCUUAUCAUCCAGCUGCUUCAGGCUGACCUCACGAGGGGAAAGAUCAGGGGGAACCAGAGCCAACAGGGGAAAAGCAGGGACACUGAGCUCCAGGACACACUGCCUCCUCUCCUUAGUGCAAACUUUCCUUUAGAGGAGCAGGGCGAUGUGGAGCAGUGGGGGCCAGGGAGUCGCAGUGGUGAAAGCAGUGACGGUGUGGUUGACCAGCAGGUGAUGCUGUUGAACUCAGACCUACUCAGGCAGCACAAGCGGUAUAAUUCACCUCGAGUGCUGCUGAGUGACCGGCCACCACUGCAGCCGCCACCUCUGUACCUCGCGGACGAUUUCGUGAGUGGCGGACCAGAUGGUGGUGCGGCGGGAAACAAGACAAGGAAGAAGCGCUAUGCUGAGCACAAGAGCUAUCGUGGGGAAUAUUCUGUGUGUGACAGCGAGAGCCAGUGGGUGACGGAGAAAACCCAGGCGGUGGACACCAGAGGGGACUCUGUCACUGUUCUGGCCAAAAUUAAAACCAGUGCCACACAGGACAUCAAACAGUACUUUUAUGAGACACGCUGUCGGUCCCCCAGGCCCUUCAAGGGUGGCUGCAGGGGCAUUGAUGACAAGAACUGGAACUCGCAGUGUAAGACGACGCAGACGUACGUUCGAGCGCUGACACAGGUUCGCAAUUCAGUGGGCUGGAGGUGGAUACGCAUAGACACUUCCUGCGUCUGUGCAUUGUCUAGGAAACGUCAUAGGACGUAAACACAAUAAUACAAGCCCUGUUGGGGACUUCUACUACCUGAUUGGAAUUCUACUUCCUGUAUGGGAUUUUAUGUCCCGUUCACAGUGGUUCCACAGGAUUAUGUGUCAUGGUGGUGAGGAGCAAUAUUGUGCUAUAAAAUGAUACUUCUACUGAAGAAAACUUGGGUCCAUUUAAAUGAUAUUUCACAUUGUUGUGCUGCGAAUCCACAAGCCGGUGCAGCAUCGCUGUUUUGGAUGAACUCAUCUG